AUGGCCACCUUCGUAUCCGCUCCAGUCCACACGCCUUUCGUGCAGACCCAGUACGUCCACACCGCCUCCCCCGCCCUCGUACACCAGCCCCUCGCCACCCCGUCCUACGUCCACACGGCCUCCCCCGCCGUCGUACAUCAGCCCCUCGCCACUCCGUCCUACGCCCAGCACGUCCUCGCCACCCCGUCCAUCGGGACACCCACAGCCAUGCCCGCGUACUACGUCCCCAACGGCUACCAGCGACCCCGCUCGCACUCCAUGUCCUACGUGCACUCCCCCGCCCCCGCCCAGCGUCCCCAACUGUACUCCCCCGCCCCCGCCCAGCAGUCCCAAGUGUACUACUCCUACGGCCAGAGCCAGUACCCGCAGGCCGGGGCUGCCCAGCCCGUCUACACCACCGUGCACACCUCGAGCACCCCCUACCACGACGGCUACUCCCGCUCCCGCCGCGCGAGCACGAGCCACUCCUACCACCACGGCUCCCCAAGCCACCACCGCAGCCACUCGUCCUCGCACGGGCACAACAGCUCCCACCGCCGCUCGCACUCAACGUCGCGCUCGCACUCGCACUCGCGGCACCAUAGCCAGCCGCAGGUCAUCGUCUCGACGCCGAGCCACAGCACACACCACAUCAGCCAGCCUGCGUACCAGCAGCACCGGAGGUACUCGUCCGUCGGGGGACCGGGCCUGGGCGACCGCCUGCGCCACCUCUUCGGCAUGCCGCCCUCGCACCGCGCGUACUACAUCGACGCGCGCACCGGUCAGAGCGUCGACUACAAGGGCCGGCCCGUCUACCACAUGUAA